CCAUUGCCACCGGCCGCCCUUAUUUGACUUGAGCGAAGUAGAAAUUAACGAAGAGAAUUCAUUCAUCGGAGAUGAUGAAGUGUGUCUCUUGCAAGGAUGAGUACGGCGCAGUUGAUGCCGGCACUUGCAGGGAGUGUUACGAGGAGGCGAGCGAGACUGAGGAAGAACUGAAGCUCGAGAUUGAAGAACUAAAGGCAAAAGUGAACUUCCUCCGCUUCUGGGCCCCACUCGACUCCCGCCCUCACCAUUAUCACCGAUCUACCAAUCCCUGCUUCACCGACGUCCUUCUGGUGGCUUUUGACGAAGAUUCCGGCAAACCGAUCGCCAAUUCCGUUCCAGUCCCGGCCAAUAAGGCCGUUUUGGCGAGCCGUUCACCGGUUUUCAGAGCCAUGCUUGAAACCGAAAUGGAAGAAAGCCUGAGUGGUACCAUCAAACUAAGUGAUGUAUCAUAUGACGCCCUGCGUGCCUUCGUGAACUAUCUGUAUACAGCCGAAGCAUGUCUUGAUGACGAAAUGGCAUGUGAUCUAUUAGUGUUGGGUGACAAAUACGAAGUGAAGCAUCUCAAGAAUUACUGUGAGAAAUUCUUGAUUGCGAAACUGAAUUGGGAGACUUCACUUAUGAGCUACUCGUUUGCUCAUCAGCAUAAUGCGAAUAACUUGCUUGAAGCUGCGUUAUCGUUGAUUCUGGACAACAUGGACCAACUAAGUAAGCGUGAAGAAUACGUGGAGCUCCUCGAGAAAGAUCCUCGGCUUCUUGUGGAAAUUUAUGAAGCCUAUUUGUCUAAACAGGUUAAUACUGCUGCUGCUGCUGGUGGCCAUGAUGACAAGAAGAAAAAGGUUUGUGGAUAAACCCUACUCCGAAACUUGCGUACCAGAAGAAAACAUGACGCCAUUAGCAUAUGAUCGAUUCAAGGACCGGAGAGGCCACAAAUUUGAACCUCAAUUCAUACAAUCAAUAGGAAGUUUCAAGAAACUCCACGUUUUCAACAAGAGACGGAAAUACUCUAUAAAAUGAUCAAGAUGAGAUCGACAUGAUGCACCAAAUGAUGGUGCUGUGAAUAUUUGUAACUUUGGUUGUUACUUUGAACUGUAGUUUUUAUAUUUUCGUUAUUUGGCUCGUUAGCUUACCUUUUGGUUAUGUGUUCCUAUAUGGGUCGUGAUCGGAUCGUUUGCUACGUGUUGAACAUGAAUGCUAGCGGUUUAACGCUUAUGAUGUGCUGCGAUUGUUUAUUGAGAACAA